AUGGGUCGUACUGGUGCAAAGGUCAAGAAGGGCGGAUUGGGAGACGCUCUAUUGCGCACACAGAAGAAAACAUCACCUGUUAAUACAAAGGAUGUUGCAUCAAGUGCUGGAAAGCACGUGUCUGAACGAGAUGGUGGAGACGCGUCUGUCGCAUUGGCCUCGUACCUCGAAGGCUCGUCCUUGGAUGAUUUCUUAGCGAGUGCCGUGCUGGCCAAUCGGGAGUUCACGGCUGUAAAAGAGAGUAUUCUGCUCAUGGAUGAAGCGGAUGCAGGGCCACAAUUGAUUGAGAAGGAGAAGAAGGUGGUGCCAGAAAUGACCUUUGCAGAGAUGAAAGUGCCACGUCGUCCAAAGUGGGACACGUCGACAACGGCUGAAGAACUGAAUCGAUUGGAGAAGGAGAGCUUUCUCGAAUGGCGCCGUGAUAUUGCCUUAUUGGAGGCUUCAUCUGAUCAUUUAGAGGUAACUCCGUUUGAGAAGAAUCUGGAAGUGUGGCGUCAAUUGUGGCACGUUCGCGAGCGAAGUGAUAUCAUGGUGCAAAUUGUGGACGCUCGCAAUCCACUGUUCUACCGAUCAGUAGACCUUGAUGCGUAUGCGAAAGAGGGUGAAAUGCUGCGACGCACGCUUUUGAUCGUGAAUAAGUCCGAUUUUCUGGACGAACGCCAACGAACGACUUGGGGGGAUCACUUUAAGGCAGAAAACAUAGAUUUUGUGUUCUUCUCAGCCAAGGAGGCCCAGGACGAAAUUGAUGAGGAGGCUAAGAAGUUGAGACAGGAAGAGAGAGAUGCCGAGAGCCACGACCAAUAUGAUGAAGUAAAGCCCGCGGAGACGCGGCUUGCGGAAGAAGUAGGUAGUACGAACAAGAAGACCAGCCCGUAUCCGGUGUUGUCGCGUGUCGAUCUGCUAGAACAUUUGACCAAAAUCGCUACGGAGGUGCUGGACGAGGUGGGCGUGCGAGUGAAGGACCAGGGUUUGAUCAAGUUUGGUAUGGUAGGUUUCCCCAAUGUCGGAAAGAGUUCUGUGAUAAAUGCAUUGUUGGGUGCGUCGACAUACUCCCACAAAACUCAGCGUGUUGCUGUCGGUGCUACCCCUGGCAAGACUAAACACUUCCAGACGAUGGUUUUGUCCGAUAAAAUUAUGCUGUGUGAUUGCCCCGGUCUCGUGUUCCCAAGCUUUGUCAACUCGAAGGCUGAAAUGUACUGUUGCGGUGUGCUGCCUAUCUCACAACUUCGUGACCAUAUCUCACCAUGUCAACUUCUGUGCCAUCGUAUCCCGAAGCGAGUUUUUGAGCGAACGUACGGAAUCAAGAUCCCUACGUCCAAGACAGCAAAAGAAACAGAUCCCGUUGGUAUUUACGCGCUUCUGGAGUCUUAUGCCCGCAACCGCGGCUACACCACGACUGGCAAAGGCGGGCCUGACACUUCACGUGCAGCACGCGACAUCUUGCGGCACUACGUAAACGGUCGACUGCUGUAUUGCCACCCUCCGCCGAAGGUCUCGGACCCAACUAUCUUUGGCAUUCAUGAGAUUGCUAAGGCCCAUUUUCCUGACAUUGUGGAGCCGAUUGUUUCCGAGAACACUGGUGAUAGUGUUGAUAAGGAAGCUAUGCCCUCAGGAGAAGCAAACACAGAGAAAGAGGGCCUGGAUUUUGACACGAACGUGGAAGACAAACACGUCGUAAGCAAGCGACUGAAGAAGCACGGCCGUAAGGGACGCAAGGGACGCGAUAAAAACCCGUAUGAAGACUCUGACAUGCCUGGCGAUGUUUCCGGUGUUCACAUCAACUCGGGCGGCAAGAAGAAACCCCACAGACCGUGA